ACUACAUUACUCAAUUGUUUGAAAACAGCGGUAUUUGUUUUUUUUUUUUUGUUUUUUGAAACAAGAUUCGAUAUGAUCAAGUUCUUACAAAAAUACUGAUUAAUGUUGGAAGUGGGACACACCAAGAUAUUUGACUCCAUUUCAAAUUGAAAGACUUUUGGUUAAAGGGUGAAUGGGGGGUUAAAGCUGGAGGUGGAAAUUGAGGCUGGUUGGGGGAUUUUGGGGUUUUGACUACAGCAGCAAGCAGUCAGUCCGUUUGAAGGGUUGUGGGUUUGGCAGCUUGUUCACUGCCCAUAAGCAAAAGCUCUUGAUCAUAGAGAGAAUAGAAAGAGAGAGAGGUUUUGUGAUUCUGAUCGACUUUCUCAGUUGUGCGUCCCUUUUCUUUCUUUUGCCUUCUGGGUUUUGUUGAGGGUCAUUUUUUGUUUUCUUUCUCUGCUCCUCGUCUUCCUUGCCUAUCAUCAUCAUCAUCAUAUUCUCUGUUUUCCAACAGAUCCAGCUGCAACUCAUCCAUUCUGUUUGGUGAUCUGGAGUUAAAAGGCUGGAGCUUCAGUGGUGAUCAGUAUUUGUACUGUGGAUGUAUUGGAGGAACUAUAAUGUUUCAUUCUUAGUUUCAAACUGCUAUCAUUAAAUUCCUAGCUGUGAGAGUCAAAGGAACUUCUGGACUGUCUCUGAUACUUACAGUUUUGAAUUUCUGGACACACGGGCUGCUCUCAAUGAUUGUAAAUAGUUCACUGUCGGUUAUUGCAUGGAACUUGUGAAUAACAAGUGAGUUUUAGUUUGUGGUGGUCAAUUCGAUGGGUGGGAUUUGUUCAAGAUCUAGAAGAUCCACUGUUGAUGAAGUAAAUGUAGAUAAUGCUACCGGUGUAAACUUUCCACAUGCUAAUGGUCAUUCUAAUAAUGGGGCUGGGAUGGAUUUUCAGUCUCGUGUAUUGCCAGAAAAAAUAAAUAGCCAUGACCCAUCACCAGUUGGUGAAGUUGUGGAUAAGCAGUUAAGAGAACCGAAUGUAGUAUCAUAUGGACUGCAUCCAGAUGAUAUCAAUGACGGGAUUCCCCACUUGUCGAGGGUGUUAUCAAACAAGUCUAGAUCAAUCAAAUCUAAGCAGGCAGCAGUGGCAAAGGUUUCGGAGGUGAGCUCCCUUCUGGGCAGAGCUGGUACUGCUGGGCUUGGGAAGGCAGUAGAAGUUUUGGACACGCUUGGUAGUAGUAUGACAAAUUUGAACCUCAGUAGUGGUUUUACCUCGGGGAUGGCAACAAAAGGGAAUAAAAUAUCAAUUCUGGCUUUUGAAGUUGCAAAUACAAUUGUUAAGGGCGCCAAUCUAAUGCAAUCACUUUCAAAGGAGAACAUCAAGCAUUUGAAAGACGCGGUACUUCCAUCAGAAGGGGUGCAAAAUUUAAUUUCGAGAGAUAUGGAUGAACUCCUGAGAAUUGCUGCAUUUGACAAGAGAGAAGAAUUGAAAGUUUUCUCUGGUGAAGUGGUACGUUUUGGAAAUCGUUGCAAAGAUCCACAAUGGCACCACUUGGAUCGCUAUUUUGAAAAGUUGGGUUCCGAAGUUACCCCUCAGAAGCAAUUGAAGGGUGAAGUAGAGGCUGAGAUGGAGCAAUUGAUGACUUUGGUUCAGUAUACAGCUGAAUUAUAUCAUGAGUUGCAUGCCUUGGACAGAUUUGAGCUGGAUUAUCAGCGGAAGCUUCAAGAAGAGGAUAACUCCAAUGCUGCCCAAAAAGGGGACAGCCUUGCAAUUUUAAGGGGAGAGUUAAAGAGUCAAAAGAAGCAUGUAAAAAGUUUGAAGAAAAAAUCACUCUGGUCGAAGAUCUUGGAAGAGGUGAUGGAGAAGCUUGUAGACAUUGUCCAUUCCCUGCAUUUGGAGAUUCAUGAUGCCUUUGGUAGUGCUGAUGAUGACAAGCCAAUUAAAGGUACUCAUAGCAAUCAUAAAAAACUGGGGUCUGCUGGUCUUGCAUUGCAUUAUGCAAGUAUUAUUGCUCACAUUGAUACCAUUGUGUCUCGGUCAAGUUCUGUACCUCCAAAUACGAGGGAUGCUUUAUAUCAGGGUCUGCCGCCUAGUAUAAAGGCAUCUUUGCGUUCAAAAUUACUGUCAUUUCAGGUUAAGGAAGAGCUAACCAUCCCACAAAUUAAAGCUGAGAUGGAGAAAACUCUACAGUGGCUUGUUCCUAUUGCUACCAACACAACAAAAGCUCAUCAUGGCUUUGGGUGGGUUGGAGAAUGGGCAAAUACAGGGUCUGAGGUGAACAGAAAACCUGCUGGCCAGACUGACUUGCUUAAGAUCGAAACGUUACAUCAUGCAGGUAAGGAGAAAACCGAAACUUAUAUUCUCGAACUAGUAAUGUGGCUUCACCAUUUGGUCUGCCAAGUUAGGGCUGGCAAUGGUGGAUUCAGGUCUCCUGGAAAAUCCCCAAUUCGCUCUCCCAGCCAGAAAACCACACAGUUAUCAACUUACACACCCUAUUCUCAAUCCCCCAUGUUGACGGUUGAAGACCAAGAAAUGCUUCGGGAUGUGAGUAAGCGGAAAUUGACUCCUGGAAUAAGCAAGAGUCAGGAAUUUGAUACUGCAAAGACCAGGUUAAGCAAGCACCAUAGGCUGAGUAAGAGUAUCAGCCACUCCCCCAGUGGAAAUAAGAAGGACCUAUUUCCCAUUAGGAGGCCAUUUUCUCUUCCUGUCAUUGACUUCAAUAUCGACCGGGUCAAAGCCUUGGAUGUCAUUGACCGAGUUGAUACAAUGCGAAGUCUAUAAUUAUAUAUGGCGUUUCAACAUGCUUCUCAAAGGAGACAUUGUGUUUGAACUUGGUACAUCUGCUACAUUUUCCAUGUAGGGUGCUCUAGUAGUUUGUGGCAAGGGAAAUCUCAUGUGAGUUGCUAAUUAGAUCAUGAGUGAUAUAAGUCAUUACUUUUUUUGAAUGUGAAAAUUUAGGGUGAUAAUGAGUUGGCAAUUUGAUUGUUGUAGAGAUGGGAAGGUAUGAGUUCUAUAUUUAGUUUUUUUUGUACAAGUAAACAGACAAGUUCUAUAUUUAGUUAUGUACAGACAGGCAUUUUAAUAAUUGAAAUUUCAUGGUUCUGUUUC